AUGGAGCCUAUCAAGAUUGCGGUGAUCGACGAUGGCAUCGACAUCGGGCUCGACAUCUUCAACAACAAGAUCGGCGCGGGCGACUCGUUCUUGGUCUUGGACGAGGUUUACGGCAAGCGCGGGGGAGCCUACUACGUUCUGGUCAAGCUCUAUGUGGCUCAGCUGGAGACCGUGGACCGUUCCGGUGGACGACGCUCGUUUACUUCCGAGUCUGCGACGGACGCAAUCAAUUGGGCCGUCGAUCGAGACGUCGACAUUAUCUCCAUGAGCUGGUCCAUCAAUUCCAACCGCGCAUUGACGCAUCUCAAUGACGCCAUCGGCCGGGCCGAGAAGAACCAGAUCAUCAUGCUGUGCUCCGCCAUUGAUCAGGGCAGCCACGUCCGCGACAACACCUAUCCCGGGAAGAAUAAAAACUGCAUCAAGAUCGGCGCGUCGACGGUCACGGGGGAGCGGCUCGGCUGGGUCUCCAAGGACGCCUGUGACUUUUUGUUACCGGGCGAGAAUGUCUCCCUGCCGCGAAGGAGGAGUUCUUCCUCCUCCCAAUCGGGCCCCACUGCCCACCCCCAGGCCGGGCCAUACGGCAGCUCGGUCUCCACCGCGCUCGCGGCCGGGUUGGCUGGCGCUCUGCUGUACUGUGAGCGGCUGUUGACCGGCCCCGCCCCCGAGGCUGGGACUACCAGUAGUACUACUAGCGACCCGGUGUUGCCGUAUCGGGACCAACUCCGAGGGCUUGGACAGAUGAAAGUGGCGUUUGGCAACCUCGCCAAAGGUGGGGAUGACAAGUUCAUCCAGGUCGCGGACCACUUUCGGGAGGAGUUUAGGAGCAUGGUCUGGAAUGAACGUGAUGUGGAAGAUGCAGACGACACUCGUCGGAGGCUCCAACAGCUCAUGGCCACCAUCGUCAACAAUUCGACGGUGACCAGCUCUAGGCUUUGGGCUGUUUGA